AUGAGCAUACGCGCCCCCCGUAAAGGUGAAAAUUAUGAGCUCAGUGUUGAUCUAAACAGCGAGUACCGGGAGAAACGCAAAGAUGCCAUCAAGCGCACCAUCGCCUCUAUGACAGUGGGCAAAGAUGUCAGCGGCCUCUUCCCAGAUGUUCUCAAGAAUAUGCAGACAGACGAUCUCGAGCAGAAGAAGCUCGUAUAUCUUUAUCUCAUGAAUUAUGCUAAAACUCAGCCGGAGCUCGUCAUUCUCGCGGUCAAUACCUUCGUCAAGGACACCGAUGACCCAAACCCACUCGUUCGCGCUCUGGCUAUACGUACCAUGGGCUGUUUACGCGCAGAGAAGAUCAUCGACUACCUCUGUGACCCUUUGCAGAAGUGUCUCCGUGACGAAAACCCCUACGUUCGCAAGACGGCGGCGCUUUGCGUGGCGAAGCUGUACGAUCUCAAACCAGAGCUAGUGAUUGACAAUGGUUUCUUGGAGCAGCUGCAGGAGAUGAUUUCGGACAGUAAUCCUAUGGUUGUCGCCAACACUGUCGCGGCUCUGACAGACAUUCAUAUCGCCGCUACAUCCCAACCGUCCACGUCCUCGUCUGAUCCCGCCAUCUUCGUCAUUACCACCAAUAUUUUGAACAAACUGUUGAUCGCGCUGAACGAAUGCUCCGAGUGGGGAAGAGUGGCCAUCUUGAACGCGCUGGCGCGUUAUGGGGCCCAAGACGAGAAGGAGAGCGAGCAUAUUUGCGAACGGGUGGUGCCGCAGUUUCAACACGUGAAUGGGAGUGUCGUUCUGGCUGCAGUCAAGGUCAUCAUGAUCCACAUGCGCGGCGUGCAUAGAGAGGACCUCAUCAAGCAACUCGUGCGCAAAAUGGCCCCACCGCUUGUAACGCUUCUCUCGUCACCCCCAGAGGUCCAAUGGGUUGCUCUCCGGAAUAUCAAUCUCCUCCUACAGAAAAGACCAGACAUUCUUUCUAAUGAGAUGCGGGUGUUUUUCUGCAAAUACAACGACCCUCUCUAUGUCAAGGUAGAGAAACUUGACAUAAUGGUUCGGCUGGCUACGGAGAAAAAUGUGGAUGCUCUUUUGAGUGAGCUCAAAGAGUAUGCUUCAGAGGUGGACGUCGACUUUGUCCGGAAGAGUAUAAAGGCGAUUGGGCAAACGGCGGUCAAAAUCGACGAAGCUGCAGAACGAUGUGUGAACGUGCUGUUGGAAUUAAUCGCCACGCGAGUGAGCUAUGUUGUCCAGGAAGCUGUUGUUGUCAUGAAGGAUAUAUUCCGCAAAUAUCCAGAAACUUAUGAGGGCAUCAUUCCAAUACUAUGCGCUAACCUUGAUGAACUUGAUGAACCUGAAGCCAAGGCCUCACUCAUCUGGAUCAUUGGAGAAUACGCCAAGAAGAUCGACAACGCUGAUGAGCUGCUUAGCAUCUUUGUUGAUACUUUCACAGAAGAAUCCUACUCUGUACAACUUCAAACUCUAACAGCUGUGGUGAAGCUCUUCCUGAAAAAACCAGAUUCAUCACAAGGUAUUGUUCAGAGGGUUCUUAACACCGCCACGAAAGACUGCGACUCGCCGGAUGUCAGAGACCGCGCAUAUAUUUAUUGGCGGCUUCUCUCAAUGGAUCCGGCGGCAGCGAAAGCUGUGGUGUUGGCUCACCGUCCGCCAAUCUCCAUUCCCCGGACGACGGUGGCUCCUGCCCUUUUGGAAGAGCUCCUCGGGGAAGUUUCGAGUCUCGCUAGUGUAUAUCACAAACCUGCAGAAACGUUUGUUGGACGGGGACGAGUUGGCGCAGACUCUGUGCGGAAAGGGACAGAGGAGGCAGACGACCAAUUUUCUACGCAAAAAGCGUUACAAACUGUGGUUGCCGGUCAACAGGCAGAAAAUUUACUCGACUUUGAUGACGCUCCAGCUCUUGACGGGCAACCCAAGGGUCUCGCAGCAACAGAGGUGCUGUCGCAAACGCCGGCCGCUGCCAACCUUCUCGCGGGAACAUCGAGCAAUCCCCUAGACGACCUCGUGUCGAUUUUCGGUUCCGGUGGCGGGCUAGCGCCAACGUCCGCCGUACCCUUUGGCCCGGGAUCUGCGAUACCAGGACGAGGAGGAUUUGGAUUUGGACAGCCCAUGUCGCCAGCACCAGCGACACCAGCAAUUCAACAACAACAUCAGCCUCAGGACGAUCUUCUUGGCUUGUUUUAGAAUAUCCUGCCGGCCCAUUGCUAAGAUACACUCUUUUUCUGCCUC